AGAGGAAUCUGUGCGCUGCUAACCCACUCAUUGAACCCUCAGAACACAAAAAAGGUGAAGGCGAGAAUAGACGAAGUGAAGUGGAUGCCGUCCGCGGAUGACUCCACCUCACAAAUCAGUUCCGCUAUCUAGACUCGCACAAUAACAAAAAAAAACCUGCAAUAGAAGAUGUACCACAACGUUUCGCGCGGUGCCUCACCGUCCGCCACGACUCCGCGUGCCAGCAAAAUUGACUUGGAGAAUCUCGAAGAGCUUCAAGAUGCGUGGUGCAAGAGGUACGAGAUGUUGCGCGACCCACCGCCACCACCGCAGCUCAACUCACCGCGAUCUCUCCGGGCGUGUGCGAUGGCCAACAUCCACCCGCAGCACACGCUGCAAAAGCUGUCGCUGAAGCAGCAUCUUUUUCGUGUCCUCGGCAACGCCAGCAUGCUUGGCGCACUGCCGAAGCAGUCCACGACGGAGUACCGGGUGCUCAUGCAGUCUGCCCUGCGCAGCUUUCAGGAGGCCGCGGUCGGACUCGGUACCUCGCAGGAGAAGCUCGCCGCGUACAUCGCCUUCAUCAAGCAGGAGGAGCUUCGGGGCUCUCACCUUGCCUCGUUGCGCCAGCUGCGUCGUCAGCUCGUGACGGAGGAAGUCUUUGAAGACCACCAACAGCACCACAACCAUCACAGCCGCCGUGCGUCGCGAGAGGCUGAGGUGUCGAUGCGCAGCAGCAUCUCGGCCUCCCAGCGAGGGAGCAGCCCACCCGGCUCGACUGGCAUCCGCAACGUGCUGUGGUCGUCGAAGGUGGAAGAGGGCGCGCGCAGUCGAUGCGACUCCGUCCACUCACCGCCCGAGUCGAACGUGAAUAUGUCCACGAGGCAGCUCGACUCUUUCGUGUCGGCGGAGCUGAGCGAGUCUUCGAGCAGCAGAGCCCCUCCGGUCUCUCAGCGUCGUGUGGGGGCUGCAGAGACCUCCCUCGCCGACUUCACGCCGGCCGUGGGUCCUUCCGGGAAGCUCCCGUACACCCCGCGUGAUGUCACCUCGCUCAACAGCAGCUACUUCGGCAACCGCAGCAUUCAGAGCACCGUCAGCAACCCGUGUGGGGCGCCGUUGCCGUUGAGCGCGGCUAACAAUUCCGCGCUGUCUCCCGUGCCGAAGCGACCGGUGCUGGCGCAGAGGCGCCAACCGCAAUCGCACACGCCUCACCCUCUCGCGACGCAAAACUCCCACAGCGCCCUUUUUGAGGUCGGCGGUGAUGUAGAUCGUGAGAUGUCGAUUGGCACCUCUCCCCACGACCGCCUCGCCAUCGAACCGGGGCCGACGCAGGAUCUCAGUACUGUUUCACUGAACAGCAAUCAGCUGGAUACGUUGCCAACCCCAACGGAUGCGAAGGACUCUGUAGCGCCGCGGUCUGGGGCGUCCGUUCCGACGACAUGCGCCGUCGCGGGGGACUCCGCCACACACCCUGUAACGCUGUUUCAUGAAGGAGACGGCCGUCCGCGCGUUCGUGGGCGGGGGAGCGACGCGCAGCACGUGCACUCACCGGAACAGCUCGCCCCCAACGCGUUGCCGUUGUCGGUCAACAACCUGGGCCCCCAGAACCCCCCGCUACCGGACAGAAAAGGAAAAGAGCGUGUGACGGCUUGUGGGCCCCAAAUCGCGGACACGUCGUUGACGCUCUCCGACGUAGCACCGGCUGGGUCGACUGCCUCGACUCCCUCCUUUCUUUUCCCUCCUCCAGUUAUUACGCAGGCGGAGCAAGGCGACGGCUUUGUGUACUACUGCGCCAACCCAACGCGCACCGUGACGAAGUUCUACGGCGGCGCUCGCUUCCCGAUAGCCGAGACGGUGCGACUGUAG